AUGUCCGAUGAAAUACACGAAUACUUUAACCGCAAGUCCUCAGAGUGGAACAUUUCUGAUUUUUUGGGAGAGUCUAAUGAAGAACCUUUUCAACGAAAGAUAGAUAGGUACAUUAAGAGCCUUGAUAUUAUUGUUGAUCGCGAAGAAGGCAGGAGGAAGGAAAAGGCGGAAUAUCUUCUUCAAAGAUAUAGAGAGGCAACCAAAACCAUGUCGGGCACAGGUGACCUGCUCGGUUGUCUGAUGCUGAAAGGCUGUUCGCCUAUACUUCAUGGGUUUCACUGGGGCACAGAUAACCUGCUCGGUUGUCUGAUGUUUAAAGGCUGUUCGCCGAUCUGGUGGGAUAGGAAAUCAGGAUUAAGGUUAUGUAAGUUGAAGAAAACUAAUUCACAAAUUUUUUUUAAGGGUGAUCAACCGGAUCGUCAAGAUGCAAAAAGAUGGGAAAAUGUGCGAAGGUCGGUUAGAUCGGGGUCCACAUUCCACUUUCAAAAUCCAACAUUUAAGGGUGAUUCCCUGAUGGGAGAAGGAGCUAUUAACAAUUUUCACCAACCUGAGAAAAGAAGUCAGGAAGAAGAUCAGGAAGAGGAUGACCACAAAUAUCAGGCCAAGAAAACCAGAAGUGGAAGGAAUGUUCCAAAUUAUUGUAAAUUUUUUAACGAAGCAUCAGUUUCGGAUAUCAGAGUUAAAGAGAAUAAAGAAAGAAAGGCUAUUCAAAAUAAUCAACAGCCUGAAAAUACGUAUGAUAAAGAAUCGAAAUGCGGAAGCACAACUUCACAGUCAGAUAAUGAAGCUGGUGAUCAUGAAGAGCAUCAAGAUUAUGAAUAUUAUGACGAGUACCUCGAAGAAGAAAUUCCAUCUGACAUGGCUUCAGCUGAUACCAUUGGAAGUUGGGUUUUGUCGAGUGGUAAGGAUGUUGGCGAAGAAUUAUCCAAAUACCGUGAAAAUAUUCCACGCACCAAAGCAUAUCUUUAUCCGGCUUAUUUUGGAAUAUUGGAUCUUUCCGGAGAGGAUACAGAA